CAGAUGUUUAAAUUUCUUUAUUGAAUCGAAUACUUGAAGAACAAUCUACAAAAUGUUGACAACUAAACCAGCCACAUCCAUUGGAGCAGAAGCGUGGAGAAAUUCUACAUUGAAAACAUUGAAAUUAUCACAAUCGCUGGUACAGAAAAGUGAUAAAGGAAAUGACAUUGGUCGAGCUUUAGAUCCAUUACCACAUUUGAGAGAUACAGUGGCUCAGUUGAGUAAUGAAGAAAUUCGACGAUAUUCUAGAGAUGUUCGAGUUGUUGUUUCUAAAUUACGAGAAAGUCUGUUAGAAACAAACGAAGAAAUUAAAUCUUUAACUCGUGGGAAAGAAUCUCUAGAAAAAGCUUUGGAACACAUUCGAAAAGAUAUUCAACUCAAUAAAAACAGUCAAGAAAUUAGAAUUUCUAGACCAAGCCGUGAAAGGGAACGGGAUGGCGCUGAUGAUCUACUGAAUGCCGAGAGAUCACAUUUAUUAAACUGUAAAAAAGGUCUGGAAGCUCAACUGAAACUUGUCCAACAACAACUACAGGUGUUAGAUCAAGCUAGAAAGAGGCUGUUUGCCACGCUACAAGAACGUUCUAGAGUAUUAGAUCUACUCUGUCUGGCUAAUUCAUCAAUCACCAACUCUCGAGAUGAUAUGAAAAUAAAACGUAGUAGAAGUAUGAUGGAAGGAAGGAUUUCACGAUUUGAUGGUAAUACGUCAUUAGGAGCUAGUCAAGCUGAUCCAUUAGGUCCCUAUACACCGGAAGCUGACUCCGCCCUAGCUGAUGCUGCUGAUGCUCGAACACGCUCGGCUUAUCUUCGUCGUGAAUUGAAAGAUGCUAUAGAUAGAACUGAUAAAUUACAGAAAGCUGCUCAUAGAUCAGUCAAUGAUGGAAUCACACAGAAAAUAGCAGAAACAGUUACAUUGAAGCAUCAUCUAGGGGUAGGUUUAGGUGAAAAUCGUCACGGGUUACACCGAGCCCAGAGAUGGUACGAUGCUACAAAUAAAGCCAUGGAAAAUACUCUCGGACCAGUAAUGAGUGCUGAUUUAACAACUAGAGAAAGACUAGAUCGACCUUUAGUCCGGGUCUUCCAGAGACAUCCUGGUACACAGCUACCAGAGGCUCAAGAGAUUAUUAAGGGAGGAGAUUCGUUACUCCAUUCUCUAACAGCUACCAGUAGAAAUAUCGGACUGAUGAAACUAGCGAAUAUUCGACUACGAGAUGAUUUGAAAUCUAAGGGUUCUGCUGUCGAUGUUGACAGUCAAAUAAUGAGAAUGAGGCGUAGAAAAUCAGAUCAUCGUUGGUCUCUCGGAGCUGCUUUUUAAUUGUAUUUAUUAUAUCUAUUCAGUAUUGGAUGUUCAAUCAGUAUUAUGUUUAUGGCCAUAUUAAUUAAUUAAUUAAUUACAUUGUUCCAAUCAAAAUCAAUUCCAUUAUGUCUCAGUAUUAUUUUUUGAUAAAUUCGUGUUAUUUAAGUUUUUCCAAUCAAAUUUGUAUUUCAGUAUUAUAUUUUAAGGUAAAUUCUAUUCUUGUAAUUUUAUGUUAGGAUAUUAUUUUUAAAAGGUGUUUUGUUUUUGUUAUAUUUUCUAAGACAGAAUCUAAUAUUAUUAUUUAUAUUCGCUAAAAUCAAAAUCUAUUCUGUUUUCUUCAUUUUGAGAAUUUAAAAUAUUAUUAUUAAUAAGGCCAUCGAAAGAAGCAUUUCUUAGCUGUGUAUUUAUAAUCAAAAUAUGUUUUGAUUCCGAGUUACUUUGAGAAUAUGUUUAUAAAUCACUUUAAGUUAUUCCAUUAAAAUUAGUAGAUUGUUUAUAUUAUUGUAAUCAAAAACCAUUUCUUACUGCUUUAUUUAGUUGCCUUAAACAUUAUUAUUUGUGUUUUCUAAAUCAAAUUCUGUCUUGAUAUUGUCCUAUACUUAUUUCUAUCAAGUUAUUUCUAUUAAUAUUUACAUUCUUCUAGAUUGUCAUUUAGAUCUUCUAUAUUAUCUACAAUACUUUCUCUUGUAUUAUCAAGUGAAUCAAUAUUAUGUAUUCCAUUUCUUCUGUUGUUCAAAACUCCAACACAAGUUAGCUAAUGUUGCUGUCUGGUAAAAAUUUCCCUAUGGCAUUGCCUGCUGUCAUUAUAGCAAACAGGUGAAGGGGU